AUGUAUUGGAAAGAUGUGUAUGACAUUGUUGAGCGAAAAUCACCACAGAAUCAGUAUAUAGGAUCGCUUGAAGCAUCAAAUGGUCGAUGUGUAGUUUAUCCCAAUCGAUACCAACACAAAGAACAAUCAUUUGAACUUGCAGAUCCAACUCAACCAGGACACUGCAAGAUUCUGACAUUUUUUGUAGUGAAUCCAUCUCGUCGGAUUGUUUCGACUGUGCAUGUGGCUCCACAACAACCACAAUGGUACAACUCGAGUUUUGACAAGACACCCAUACCGCCUGAACUGUGGAAUGAUAUCACGCAGUAUAUUCAAGGUGUUCAAUCACCAACUGAAGCCAAACGCUAUCGAGAUGAAUUGACAAGUGACCGAACUCGAAUCACAGCAGCAUACAACAAGGACAGAUAUGAACAGAAGUAUAAUCUUGGUCUUUGGUGA